CACACGAGAUCGAAACGGUAAAGACCGAAAUACCCAAACGGUCAUCUCCCUCCCACACUCCCCGACCCCAUGUCCGCCGCCGCCGCCGCCGCCGCCUCGCCGGCGUCGGAGGGCGGCGGCCGAGCCGAGUGGCUGCGCGUCUACGACCGGAUGGUGGCCAUCCUCCGCAAGAACCACCGGCACGUCGAGGCGCUGCUCGCCGACCGGUCCCGCCUCGAGGCGCUCCUCAGGGUCCAGCACGACUUCUGGCUCGCCCGCCACGGCCUCCUCCGGGGCCGCCUCAACGAGACGCGGACGGCGGAGGCGUGCCUGCGGAGGUGCGACGCGGCGAAGCUGGAGCUGCUCCUCGGGGUCAAGUUCCGGAAGCUGCGGCGCUACCAGAUCCACGCCGACCACCAAGAUGAGGACUUGGAAGAUUUUAAAACGUAUGCCGUAGCUUUGGCUGAAGAAAACGCUAAACUGAAGUUAAAACUGAAGGAAGUUGAAAGUUCUCCUGAGCUUAGUGAGAACACUGGAGAACAUGAGCACAGUGGACGAGAUUGGAGAGCUGAGAUAAGGGAGUUAAAAAUAGCAUACAAGAACCUGAGCUCAGAGAAGAAUAAGGAAGUUUCUGCAUUGGCUGCUCAAAAGGAUUUUGUGUGGCACCAGUUCAAGACGAUGGAGAAGGAGUACGGCUCGCUCCUUAAGAAGAAGACAACAGAGGCAGCACAGGCUACUGAAGCAGCACAAAGGCUUCAGCAGAAGGUGGAAAAGCUGCAAGCGGCUGCCCAAAAGAAGGAUGAUGAUAUUGGUAGAUUACAAGCAGAAGCUAAUGGUGCUAAAAAGGUGAUACUGGUUCUGGAGGAUAAGCUACAAAAACUGCACUCCUUGGCCAGUGAGAAAGAUGGAGAAAUCCAGAAGGUCAAGGGUGGGCACCUACAGGCCAGUCAAAAGCGAAAGCAGGAUAUCAGUGGGACACAUAGAAAGUCUAGGUCCGAAGGUCAUUCUCAACGCGGCAAAUCCAAAAAUAAUGCUCGGAGGAAAAUGGUAGAAGAAGAUCAACCUGAGACCAGUCAGAAGCGUCAGUGUGCGUCUUCCUUAUCAAAUGGUCUGGCCCUCGGACGUUGCUCGUCGAGGAUGCAGCUGAAACCUGCUGGGUCGCCUGCGCUUCAGCAGCUGCAGUUAGACACCACCCGCCGCAACGACGGUGUAAUUUAGGUGAUCAGGUUAAGCUUAUCCCCACUCAAAGCGGCGGCUGUGUCUGUAAUUUAUUCUUGCCCUUUAUUUUGGAAGUAGUCCUUUUGUAGUAACAUAUUUUGCGGAGCCCGCCCAGUGGACGAACCGGUGAGCUGAGUGACUGACAGUGUGUGUAUAUUGAUUAACCAUGUAAUGUAAUUUGUGCCAAGUCAGCUAGUGUCAGAUUGGUUGGUUGUAUGACAUUAUUUUGUUGAUGAUUGUAGAGAAUGUGUCCAUUUUU